GCCAGACGAGCAUUUGAACCAGAUUCAAGCACUUAAGAGGUGCCUGUUGUGGAACUGGGAAAAAAAAAAAAACCCAAAACCACCCUCUUGGUGCUUUACGUUUGAAUCCAUUACAGAGAGCUUGCCGCCAAGCCGCACUGCUGGAUUUUGAACCGAAGCUGUUAUUUACUUAGGGCUCAGGGGGGAGCGUUUUCGCUAGGGACUGACGCCAAACUACUGGAGGAAGCUGGGAUUUACCUGGAUGUGUGGUAAAGAAACUUGUGGUUCCUUUAUGCUGCAGUUCAUCGUAUCCCUGCGCUACCUGUAAAUGGAAUUACAAAAAUCAACCAGUAUGCCCGGGCCGUUGUCCCCAGGAUACGCAGCUCAGGUGCCGUAUAACUAUAACCAGUUAGAAGGACGAUUCAAGCAGUUACAAGAUGAACGUGAGGCAGUUCAGAAGAAGACCUUCACCAAGUGGGUGAAUUCCCACUUGGCCCGUGUGUCCUGCCGGAUUACAGACCUGUACACCGACCUGCGAGAUGGGAGGAUGCUCAUCAAGCUCCUGGAGGUGCUUUCAGGAGAGAGACUUCCUAAACCAACUAAAGGAAGGAUGCGCAUCCAUUGCCUGGAGAACGUGGACAAAGCCCUGCAGUUCCUGAAGGAGCAGCGAGUGCACCUGGAGAACAUGGGAUCUCAUGAUAUUGUGGAUGGGAAUCACAGGCUGACACUUGGCCUCAUUUGGACCAUUAUCCUGAGAUUCCAGAUCCAAGAUAUCAGCGUUGAAACUGAGGACAACAAAGAGAAGAAAUCUGCUAAAGAUGCUCUACUUUUAUGGUGCCAGAUGAAAACAGCUGGGUACCCCAAUGUCAACAUCCACAACUUUACAACAAGCUGGAGGGAUGGGAUGGCGUUCAAUGCACUGAUCCAUAAGCACAGGCCUGAUCUGAUUGAUUUUGACAAGCUGAAGAAAUCAAAUGCACACUACAAUCUGCAGAAUGCUUUUAACCUUGCAGAGCAGCACCUUGGUCUUACCAAGCUCCUGGACCCUGAGGAUAUCAGUGUUGAUCACCCUGAUGAAAAGUCAAUCAUCACCUAUGUGGUGACAUAUUACCACUACUUCUCCAAGAUGAAAGCUUUGGCUGUCGAAGGAAAACGUAUUGGAAAGGUGCUUGACAAUGCCAUUGAAACAGAGAAAAUGAUAGAAAAAUACGAGUCCCUGGCUUCUGACCUGCUGGAGUGGAUUGAGCAAACCAUUAUCAUCCUCAACAAUCGCAAAUUCGCCAACUCCCUGGUUGGGGUGCAGCAGCAGCUGCAGGCGUUCAACACUUACCGCACAGUGGAGAAACCACCCAAAUUUACAGAAAAAGGCAACCUGGAAGUGCUGCUUUUUACCAUCCAAAGCAAAAUGAGAGCCAACAAUCAGAAAGUGUACAUGCCAAGGGAAGGCAAACUCAUCUCUGACAUUAACAAGGCCUGGGAAAGACUGGAAAAAGCUGAACAUGAAAGAGAACUGGCACUGCGAAAUGAGCUCAUCAGACAAGAGAAACUGGAACAACUUGCACGGAGAUUCGAUCGCAAGGCAGCUAUGAGAGAAACUUGGCUGAGUGAAAAUCAACGUCUCGUUUCUCAGGACAAUUUUGGCUUUGACCUCCCAGCAGUGGAGGCUGCCACGAAGAAGCACGAGGCCAUCGAGACGGACAUCGCGGCCUACGAGGAGCGCGUGCAGGCCGUGGUGGCCGUGGCGAAGGAGCUCGAGACCGAAAACUACCACGACAUCAAACGCAUCACUGCAAGGAAGGACAAUGUCAUCCGCCUGUGGGAGUAUCUCCUGGAGCUGCUCCGGGCACGCAGACAGCGCCUCGAGAUGAACCUCGGGCUGCAGAAGAUUUUCCAGGAAAUGCUGUACAUUAUGGACUGGAUGGACGAGAUGAAGGUGCUUUUACUGUCCCAAGACUAUGGCAAACAUUUGUUGGGAGUUGAGGACCUGCUGCAGAAACACGCUCUGGUGGAAGCUGACAUUGCUAUUCAGGCUGAGAGAGUGAGAGGGGUCAAUGCCUCUGCUCAGAAGUUUGCCACUGAUGGAGAAGGUUACAAGCCCUGUGACCCACAGGUGAUCCGGGACCGCGUGGCUCACAUGGAGUUCUGCUACCAGGAGCUCUGCCAGCUGGCGGCCGAGCGCCGCGCGCGCCUCGAGGAGUCCCGGCGCCUCUGGAAAUUCUUCUGGGAAAUGGCUGAAGAGGAGGGCUGGAUCAGGGAGAAGGAGCAGAUCCUGUCAUCUGAUGACUACGGGAAGGACCUAACCAGUGUCGUCCGACUCUUGAGUAAACACAAGGCGUUUGAGGAUGAGAUGAGCGGCCGCAGCGGCCACUUUCAGCAGGCGAUAAAAGAAGGUGAAGACAUGAUCGCGGAAGAGCAUUUUGGGUCUGAGAAGAUCAGAGAAAGAAUUAAGGAUAUCCGGGAGCAGUGGGCUAACCUGGAGCAGUUAUCUGCCAUCAGGAAGAAGCGGCUGGAGGAAGCCUCUCUCCUUCACCAGUUCCAGGCUGAUGCUGACGAUAUCGAUGCGUGGAUGUUGGACAUCCUCAAGAUUGUCUCCAGCAACGAUGUUGGCCAUGAUGAAUAUUCCACUCAGUCCUUGGUCAAGAAGCACAAAGAUGUGGCUGAGGAGAUUGCCAGCUACCGGCCCACCAUCGACUCCCUUCACGAGCAGGCCAAGGCCCUGCCGCAGGAGCACGCGGAGUCUCCGGAUGUGCAAGGCAGGUUGUCCGGAAUCGAGGAGAGGUACAAGGAGGUUGCUGAGCUGACCCGGCUGCGUAAACAGGCCCUGCAGGAUACCCUGGCUCUCUAUAAGAUGUUCAGCGAGGCAGAUGCUUGUGAGCUUUGGAUCGACGAAAAGGAGAAGUGGCUGAAUAAUAUGCAGAUCCCAGAGAAGCUGGAGGACCUGGAAGUGAUCCAGCACAGAUUUGAAAGCUUGGAGCCAGAAAUGAACAACCAGGCAUCCCGUGUGGCUGUGGUGAACCAGAUUGCCAGGCAGCUGAUGCACAGUGGCCACCCUGGGGAGAAGAUCAAAGCACAGCAAGAUAAACUCAACACAAGGUGGAGCCAGUUCAGAGAACUGGUAGAUAGGAAGAAGGAUGCUCUGCUCUCUGCUCUGAGUAUCCAGAACUACCAUCUUGAAUGUAAUGAAACCAAAUCCUGGAUCAGGGAAAAGACCAAAGUGAUUGAGUCCACACAAGACCUGGGUAACGACCUGGCCGGUGUGAUGGCCUUGCAGAGGAAGCUGACGGGCAUGGAACGGGACCUGGUGGCCAUCGAAGCCAAGCUCAGUGACCUGCAGAAGGAGGCAGAGAAGCUGGAAUCAGAGCAUCCUGACCAGGCACAAGCCAUCCUCUCACGGCUUGCAGAGAUCAACGACGUGUGGGAAGAAAUGAAGACCACCCUGAAGAACCGGGAAGAGUCCCUGGGAGAGGCCAGCAAGCUGCAGCAGUUCCUGAGAGAUCUGGAUGACUUCCAGUCCUGGCUCUCCAGAACACAGACUGCAAUUGCCUCCGAAGACAUGCCCAACACCCUGACAGAGGCUGAGAAGCUGCUCACUCAGCACGAGAAUAUCAAGAAUGAAAUCAACAACUACGAGGAAGAUUAUCAGAAGAUGAGGGACAUGGGUGAGAUGGUGACACAAGGACAAACUGACGCUCAGUACAUGUUCCUGCGCCAGCGCCUGCAGGCUUUGGACACCGGAUGGAAUGAGCUUCACAAAAUGUGGGAGAACAGGCAAAAUCUCCUUUCCCAGUCUCAUGCCUACCAGCUGUUCCUCAGAGAUACCAAGCAAGCAGAAGCUUUCCUUAAUAACCAGGAAUAUGUUCUGGCGCACACGGAGAUGCCAACCACCUUGGAAGGAGCAGAAGCUGCUAUUAAAAAGCAGGAGGAUUUUAUGACCACCAUGGAUGCCAAUGAAGAAAAGAUCAAUGCAGUUGUGGAGACUGGCAGGAGGCUCGUUAGUGAUGGGAACAUUAACUCUGAUAAAAUCCAGGAGAAAGUGGACUCAAUUGAUGACAGACAUAGGAAGAACCGUGAAGCAGCCAGCGAACUUUUGAUGAGACUGAAAGAUAACAGGGAUCUCCAAAAGUUUCUUCAGGAUUGCCAAGAGCUCUCCCUCUGGAUCAAUGAGAAGAUGCUCACAGCCCAGGAUAUGUCCUAUGAUGAGGCAAGGAACCUGCACAGCAAGUGGCUGAAGCAUCAGGCAUUCAUGGCAGAGCUUGCAUCCAACAAAGAGUGGCUGGAGAAGAUUGAAAAGGAGGGAAUGCAGCUCAUUGCAGAGAAACCAGAGACUGAGGCCGUGGUGAAGGAGAAGCUGACAGGUCUCCACCAAAUGUGGGACGAGCUUGAAUCCACCACCCAGACCAAGGCUCAGCGUCUCUUCGAUGCAAACAAGGCAGAGCUUUUCACCCAGAGCUGUGCAGACCUGGAUAAGUGGCUGAAUGGUUUGGAGAGCCAAAUCCAGUCGGAUGACUACGGAAAAGACCUCACCAGUGUCAACAUCCUGUUGAAGAAGCAGCAGAUGCUGGAGAAUCAAAUGGAUGUCCGUAAGAAGGAGAUAGAGGAGCUGCAAAGCCAGGCAAGGGCUUUGAGCCAAGAGGGCAAGAGCACAGAUGAAGUCGAUGGCAAACGCCUUACUGUAGAAAAGAAAUUCUUGGAGCUGCUGGAGCCUUUGAAUGAGAGGAAGGCCAACCUGCUGGCCUCCAAAGAGAUCCACCAGUUCAACCGGGAUGUGGAAGAUGAAAUUUUGUGGGUCGGAGAGAGGAUGCCCAUAGCUACAUCUACUGAUCAUGGACACAACCUCCAGACUGUGCAGCUACUAAUAAAGAAAAAUCAGACCCUUCAGAAAGAAAUCCAGGGUCACCAGCCUCGUAUCGAUGACAUUUUUGAGAGGAGUCAGAACAUCAUCACAGAGAGCAGCCCCAAUGCUGAAGUCAUCCAGCAGAGGCUUGCAGAUUUGAAGCAGCUGUGGAACCUCCUCAUCGAGGAGACGGAGAAGCGCCACAAGCGCCUGGAGGAGUCUCACAGGGCUCAGCAGUAUUACUUCGAUGCAGCCGAGGCUGAGGCCUGGAUGAGUGAGCAGGAGCUCUACAUGAUGUCAGAAGAGAAAGCCAAGGAUGAACAGAGUGCAGUGUCCAUGCUGAAGAAACACCAGAUUUUGGAACAAGCAGUAGAAGAUUAUGCUGAAACUGUGCACCAGCUUUCAAAGACCAGCAGAACUUUGGUGGCAGAUAAUCACCCAGAAAGUGAGCGCAUCAGCAUGCGCCAGUCCAAGGUGGACAAGCUCUACGCGGGCCUGAAGGACCUGGCCGAGGAGAGGAGGGGCAAGCUGGACGAGAGGCACCGGCUGUUCCAGCUCAACCGCGAGGUGGAUGACCUGGAGCAGUGGAUUGCCGAGAGGGAGGUGGUGGCAGGGUCCCAUGAGCUGGGCCAGGACUACGAGCACGUCACGAUGCUGCAGGAGCGGUUCCGGGAGUUCGCCAGGGACACCGGGAACAUCGGGCAGGAGCGGGUGGACACCGUCAACCACAUGGCCGACGAGCUCAUCAACUCCGGCCACUCGGACGCCGCCACCAUCGCCGAGUGGAAGGACGGACUCAACGAGGCCUGGGCGGAUCUGCUGGAGCUCAUCGACACAAGAACACAAAUCCUCGCAGCCUCUUAUGAACUGCACAAAUUUUACCACGAUGCCAAGGAGAUCUUGGGGCGAAUCCAAGACAAACACAAGAAACUGCCCGAGGAGCUCGGUAGAGACCAAAACACAGUGGAAACACUACAGAGAAUGCACACGACGUUUGAGCACGAUAUCCAGGCCCUGGGCACCCAGGUGCGACAGCUGCAGGAGGAUGCAGCGCGCCUCCAGGCUGCCUACGCCGGGGACAAGGCUGAUGACAUCCAGAAGAGGGAAAACGAGGUCCUGGAGGCAUGGAAGGCACUGUUGGAUGCCUGUGAGGGCCGCAGGGUGAGGCUGGUGGACACAGGAGACAAAUUCCGCUUCUUCAGCAUGGUUCGGGACCUCAUGCUCUGGAUGGAAGACGUUAUCCGGCAGAUAGAAGCCCAGGAAAAGCCAAGGGAUGUUUCAUCUGUGGAACUGCUCAUGAACAAUCACCAGGGGAUCAAAGCAGAAAUUGAUGCCCGAAAUGACAGCUUCACUACGUGCAUUGAGCUUGGCAAGUCUCUGCUGGCCAGGAAACACUAUGCAUCUGAGGAGAUCAAGGAAAAGCUCCUGCAGCUGACAGAAAAGAGAAAAGAAAUGAUUGACAAAUGGGAAGACAGAUGGGAGUGGCUCAGACUGAUUUUGGAGGUGCACCAGUUCUCCAGAGACGCAAGUGUGGCUGAGGCCUGGCUGCUGGGCCAGGAGCCCUACCUGUCCAGCCGUGAGAUUGGGCAGAGCGUGGACGAGGUGGAGAAGUUGAUCAAGCGGCACGAAGCGUUCGAGAAAUCCGCGGCCACCUGGGACGAGAGGUUUGCAGCGCUGGAGAGACUGACCACGCUGGAGCUGCUGGAAGUGCGUCGGCAGCAAGAGGAGGAGGAGCGGAAGAGGCAGCCGCCCACUCCGGAGCCCAAGGUUGCAGAGGAUGGAGACUCCCAGCAGCAAUGGGAUGGGACAAAAGGAGAACAAGUUUCCCAAAACGGUUUGCCCUCAGACCAGGAAUCUCCACGGGUUAGUUACCGCUCCCAAACCUACCAAAACUACAAAAACUUUAUUAGCAGACGGACAGCCAAUGACCGCUCGUGGUCUGGACUGUGAGCCACAGAAUCACUUGCAGCAACAGAAACCUUUUUUCAGUAUGGUUUACUGGUACUGGUUUAAUCUUUUGGCUUCAGAUUUCCCUGCUGCUUUUCUCUUCCUUCCCAUCAGUUGACUUUUAUUUAAUUAGCAGCCCCUUGGACAUAUAUUUGCUUCACUUUAAUCUUUGUUUAUUUGAAUCUCCUCACUGACACUCAGUUGCUUGAAGGUGACACAUUUAUUUCAUGUUAUUUACUGUGAGUUUUUCAUGUUGCUAAUAGCAUUAAGAUUUUCCAGCGAAAGCCUCCUUUAAAUGAGUAAUUGAGAUGUAAUGAGAUUACAUCCUAAUGAAGAAGAGCUCUAGGACCUGACAGGUAUGACGCAUCGAGUUAUACUAACAGGUCUCAGCACGGCAACUUUAUUAAAUCAGCUGCAUUAGCAAGAGUUAUGUACCAGGCCAAAGAUAAUCCACAUGAGUGAGCUGGGCAGGAAGGGCUGGGAGGGGGGGGAGUGUGACUGUGGACAAAUAAAAGCCUUAAGGUUAGUUUGUAUAACAUUCCAUGCAGAAUGGACUCAUUGACUACAGAGAAAAAUAAACGUGAAAUAAACCAUUCAAAACCAGUAUCUAGAUUUAUCUGGGAGUUUAGUCCUCAUGCAAGGUUGUGAUCUUGCUGUGUUGGGGCCCCAUUUGGCCUCAGUCCUGUCCAGGUGGCACCACAGCAAUUCUAUUUCUGGGCUCCAGAGAGGCAGGGAUGUAAAUGAGAGUAGGGUGUAACCCCUUGGGGAGAGGAUGUGAUGCUUUCCUUUACAAACUAAAUAAAAUACACUGUCCAAGAUCCCAGCUCUUUAUUUUACAUGGGUGCAGAAUGAAUGCUCCAUGCCUUACUUGCUCCUCCUUGACAGGGGUGUCCCAGUGGAGUCAGGAUGCAUGCCAAGAAUCCUCACGUGCAGCCAUGACAAUGCCAGUAAAUGUCCCUGGAGUUAAGGCAACACUGGAGCUGGAUCUGGCUCCCCUCCCUCCCCCUUCCUGCAGAGCCUCCUUGUUUCAGUUAAUGCUCUGAGUGAAAGGACACUUCCCUUUGUUGCUGAGCCUGGCUCUCUGGGGUCACAUUCAGUGCAGGAAAGGCUCCUGGCAGGCUGGGAUCUGUGCAUAUCAGGCAGUGCUGCAGAGCAAACACGAGUCCCAGCCCAGGGCUCUGGCAGGAAAUGCCUUUCAGCACAAACUUGGCUUUAAGAAGCCCAUCCUAGUUAGAUCUGAGUCUGCACACAGACUCUGCCAAUGCUCCCCAGUACACAGCAGUUCCACCUUUCUCUUUCUGGAAAUAAAACCUUUUGGUUCUUCUUUAGCAUUCAGUCCUGAAGUGAGCUGUUGUACAUUCUAAUGUUUAUAAAUUCUCUACAGUUGUGGCAGGGAAUGUGAGGUGAUCUUCAAGCACAUCCCAGAUAAUCAUCUUGUUGGUUAGCACAGCCUUAUACAUCACCUGUUUGCUUCUUUUGAAGUUUUAUUUUAUUGCCAUGCUACAUGAUGCAUUUCUAUGUUCAUCUUUGCCAUCUGCACUUCAGUCUUCCAUGAGAACUUCCAAGCUCAGUUUGUGGAGUCCUGUGUUGCAGUACCUUGGGUGUACAGAGCUGUGUCAGUGAGGCACAAGAUGUGCUGCUGUUGGUCAGAAUUUUGGUUUCUGACAACUGGCUGAGCAGUGCAGCUGGAUUGUUCUGUGUGGGCUGAGCUUGUGAGCUGAGAGCGGUGAUUGAAAGGAUGUGCCUCAGUAACUGUACUUUUGUCUUUCCACUUCAUGAUGCAUGUUUUGUUUUUUUGUUUUUUUCUUUUGUCAGGAUAACAACAUAUAGCUUCUUAAUGCUUUUUAAAAUUCCAUGUGAAUUUAUGGGGAUGCUCUGGUGGCUGCCCUGUGCCUCGAAAGUGUGUCAGUUCCCAGGGCAGGAUAGCUGUAGCUUCAGACUCCACCAUCUGCAGAGCCUUCACAUGUAUUUUGGUGAAAAAAGUAGUCUGUAGAAGGAAUUUAUAGAGAUAGAUUUUUAAAAUUUGUAUUAGUACACUUACAUAAAAAUUCCACUUUUAUGAUGAUGAAGAAAAAGUAAGUCAUUGAUUAAGGUCAUCAUUUCAGGCACUAGAAGAGUAGGAUUUCAUCUAUUUAUUGCAGCCUGUGGGUCUGGCUAAAGGCAUUAGGAAGGUCCUUUUGACAGAACAGCCCAGAGUUUGGCAUCUCUUUGUCUUGUAAGCAGGCAAAUCAUCUGGUUCUUCAGCUGUGGGGCAGAGCCUUGAGUCCAUGAACUGAGCAGAUGUUGCUUCAAGCACUGCGAAUCCAAAGGGGCACCUGUGUCAUUGUCACCACCUGUCUUGUUGCAUGUCCCAGUCCUGCUUUAAAGAGUUCCAGAGUAGCCUGUAGCCACUAAAGCACUUCCAACUAACCCCUCAGGCCCCACUGAGAGAACUGUAUCAUGUACAGAGACCUGUUGUGUUGUAACAGGAGUUUGCUGUUGCUGUUUGUCCUCCGUGGCGUUGUCUCCGCAUGCCCCACGCAUGUUUCCAUUGAAGUGUGUUCAGCUCCCGUUUUCUCUCCGUUUUCAUGACACAUCCUUUGCAGAGCUGUUCAUGAUUUAUUUUGCUUGUUUUCUGUUAAUUGUAGAUAACACGUGAAAGGAAAUAAAACCUGAAAGAGCGUCAGAAAA